UAUAUCAUCACAGCAAUUUUUUUUUCUCCUCUCCCUCUCUCCUAGCAUCACCCUAAUUCACAAUCCCUCUCAAUUCUAAUAAUUUCAGAUCCGGAUUUUAUUAGAUUUCUUCACAUCCGCAUGUUAUUAGAAUAUUUAUUGGCCCUCGUGACAAUUAAAUAUUUAUAGUUUUUGAAAAUUUAUAAAGUGUUCUGUUCCUUCUCUCUGCAAUUCCUCCUGCACAAAAGCCUCUUUAACUAAUUUCGUCGUAGCCAUGGCAUCAGUACCGAUAAUCUCUUUCAAUUACCCAAGUUGCUCAUCACCAUCGAAUUCUCGCGAGGCCGUGUUGAUGUACAUGCACGGCCGGAGUGGUUAUCUUCCGAAUAUCAAGCCUAUGUUACGAAAGAAAAGGGUGUUGUCAGUAGUAUGUGUAGCGUCCGUCGCCAGUAACGGCGCUACAAAAGAGGAGGAUCGGAUGGUGAAGAAGUCUCUCCGGGACAUGUGGAGGGAAAUUCAUGGGUCCAACAACUGGGACGGGCUACUGGACCCGAUGGAUCCACUCCUCCGAAACGAGAUCAUCCACUACGGGGAGAUGGCGCAGGCCUGUUACGAUGCCUUUGAUUUUGAUCCUUACUCAAAGUACUGUGGGACGUGCAAGUAUCAAGGGGCUCACUUCUUUGAGAAGCUCGAGAUGGCUAAUCGGGGCUACGAGAUCAGCCGCUAUCUCUACGCCACGUCCAACAUCAAUCUCCCUAACUUCUUCCAGAAGUCGAAAAUGAGUAAGGUGUGGAGCCAGCACGCGAAUUGGAUGGGGUAUGUUGCGGUUGCGAAGGACCCAGAAGAGAUCCGUAGGCUAGGAAGGCGGGAUAUCAUCGUCGCAUGGAGGGGCACUGUCACAUACCUGGAAUGGAUCCAUGACCUCAAGGACAUCCUCAGGCCUGCGUCCUUCGGCGAUGAUCCCACCAUCAAAAUCGAGUCUGGGUUCUAUGAUCUGUACACAGAGAAGGAGCUUCAAUGCAAAUACUGCACGUUCUCUGCCCGCGAACAGAUACUAGCUGAGAUCAAACGGUUGGUGGAGAGAUAUAAAGGUGAAGAGCUGAGCAUUACAAUCACGGGACAUAGCCUGGGCGCAGCCCUGGCCUUGAUCAGCGCUUACGAUCUAGCAGAAAUGAGAUUGAACAUCAUUGAAACCGACGACGGCCCUAGAGAAAUCCCAAUCACUGUCUACUCUUUUGCUGGGCCGCGCGUGGGGAAUCUCAAAUUCAAAGAAAGGUGCGAUGAGCUCGGCGUGAAGGUGUUGAGGGUGAUCAACGUCCAUGAUAAGGUGCCAACAGUGCCUGGGAUCAUUGCCAACGAGAAGUCGAAGUAUCAAAAGUACAUUGAAGAUGUUAUAUCCUUUCCAUGGAGUUACGCCCAUGUGGGCGUGGAGCUAGCGCUGGACCACACCAAUUCGCCGUUCCUCAAGUCGCCUACAGAUUUUGGGUGCCCCCACAACUUGGAGGUGCACCUCCACCUACUCGACGGAUACCAUGGCAAGGACCACCGCUUCUGCCUCGCUAGCAAGCGUGACAUUGCACUUGUUAACAAGAACUGUGACUUCUUGAAGGAUGAUUUCGGUGUGCCGCCCAACUGGCGGCAAGACUACAACAAGGGGAUGGUCCGGACAGCUGAUGGAAGGUGGGUCGUGCCAGAGAGACCCAGGAUGGAAGCCCACCCACCUGAUACGGCCCACCACCUUGAGCAAAUACUAAAAAUGGUUAAGUCAUCGGUGAAAACUGUUUGAUUUUGAUUUUGAUUUUCUCUCAUUAUGCUUUUCAAGGUAAGUGUGUAAAUGGGCUUUAAGUAAGAAUUUUCUUUACCCUGGACAAUGUAAAAAAUGAAAAAACGUUCACAAAGAAGUGAAAUUAGGGGUGUGAUUGAAAUGGGAUUGGCAUCUUUUUAUUCUUAA